AUGCCAAGUUCCAAAAGUAACUUGAUGUUGUCAGGUGACAUUUCAAAUUUCAGGGAAAUGGCAAUUUCAAAUGAGAGAGAGCCUGUUGAAAAGAGUACAACAAGUCUGAUUGAGAACAAUGGCUAUCAAGACUCUGUAUACAUAAAUGCAGCUAAAAUUUUUCAAGGCAUUCGUAAUGAAAAGCCUCAGGAUAAAAUAUUGGUAAGGUAUGGUAAUGAACUAGUGCCAUCCCUACCAGAUUUUAAAGAUGAAUGUUCCCAGCGCUCAUCCUAUGAACUGGCGUUUAGUGCUCUGAAAUAUCAAGAUCUACUUGAAAAUAUAUUGUUAGAUAGCUGUUUUUACCCAUGUCAGUCAAUACCAGAUGAAUUGACCAGCUUAAUAGUUGUAAUGUUGUAUGACCUCCAAGAUCGAAAGUUUCAAACCCGACAGAUUUCUGAUGAAGAGGAAUCAAUACCAGAAGUGAGAGAUGUAGAACGUUAUCUAUACAGUUUUAAGACCAAAUUGGCUGCUGCUCUAGCAAGAUGUCGAAUCAAACAUGAUGCUCUUUCAAUUGAAUAUAUUCUACCAGAAACUCUACGGAAACAGGAACAAAGAGCUUCUGCUUUACCUUUGUAUGCUUGGAUAAAUACAUUAAAAAGCAGCCUUGAAGACAUUUACAAAGAAUUGAAAAAAGAGGGAUUCACAAAAGUUGAAUCUGUGUCAGAUUUUGAAGGUUAUACUUAUUGUCUGGACAAGCACUGCCAUGAUGUACUGGUUUUUCCUGCCUCUCUCAAAGAAGAAAUACUUAAUUUGGAACUUUUCACAGGUUACAAACUCAUCUUACAGGAUAAGUCUCGCAGCCUUGCUGUACAUUCUGUGAAGGCCUUAUUGAACAUGGAUGAUGACAUCAUAGUAGCUCAUAUAGGUUCACGGCUGACUGCUGCCCACAUGUCAGUGUUGUCAAAUCAGAGCACAUCCAAAGUUUUUGUAUGUGGUGUAAAAUCGCAGGCAAAGGAAGUUGAACUGAAGGAGCUAUUGACACACAUGGAAUGUGGAAAUAUUGAGCUACUACAUGAGGAUUUUACUGAGAUUGAACCAACAGAUCAAAGACUGCAAAAGGCUAAAGUUAUUCUGCUGCUACCUCGGUGCUCAGGAUUGGGUGUUAGUAAUCCAAUAGAAUUUAUUCUAAAUGAACAUGAAGAUGCAGGAUUGCUGAGAGACCUUUCUCAAGGAUCUGUAGCUGAAAAUAAACUCCAUAUUCUUGCUGAGACGCAACUUCAGGAGUUAAUGCAUGCAAUGCGAUUUAAUAAAGUGCAAGCCAUUGUCUAUUGCACUUGUUCAGUUUAUCCAGAAGAAAAUGAAGCAGUAGUGAACAAAGCACUGGAAUCUGGAGUGGAAGGAAGUAAAGUACAGCCUUAUAGGCUUAGUCCUCCUCUGUGGUGCAACUCAGAAAUAGAGGGCCCUUCUGAUAUUUUUUUCAAAAUGGAACCUUCAGAGAUUUCCAAUUGCUGUUUUUUAGCUGUUCUAGCAAGACAGAGGGAUCCAGCUGAAGUAAUGUCUGUAAAAGACAUUUUGGCUCGUGCUGCAGCAAAGGGACUACUAGAAGGUCUUGAUAUAGGGAAAUCAUCAAAGAGAGAAGAGAAGAGGAAGAAAAAAUCAAAAGUAACACAGCAAAGAAAUGUUCCUAAAGAUACUGGGGUACAAACAAACAUUGUGGAGUUCCUCAACCGAGAAAUGAUAGCUAUUAAUACUAAUUCUGAAGUUUCACCAAUUAAAGCAAUUAGUGGUGUUCCACAAAAAAAUGUGAACCAAACAAACAGUUCCAUUCAAUUGAAGAAAAUUACCAAACCCAUCUCAAACUCAUCCCUGCCAGGAAUGCUGAAGAACACACCCAAUCUGUCAUCUAUGAGUAAGGUGUUUGAGAGACGGACACACAUUAGAAAGCCACGGGCAGAAGAUAAAAUGGUUGUAUUGAAACCUGUGGAGAUAGUUCUGCCUCCAGUAAUGGUGCCAUACUUCAAUCCACAAGGGAACAAAUCUCAAAUUUCGGCUCAACAUUACUACUAUCGCUGGAUUGGAAUAAAGAGCUCAGCACGUGACUUAUUUAUACCUUCUUUAUCAAAAAGAUUGGUCAAACCAAAAGAAACUUUACCUUCAACUAUGGUUAAGCAUCCUCGACCAUGGAUUUGA